AGUAACCACAUUCGAAUCCACAUUAUACUCAGAUAUAUAUAACUCGAACAUUUUUCUUUACUUUUUUUGCUUUAUCUUUUCUCUAGACGCCUCUAAUUACACACUGCACUAAUUUUUAGCUAAAAAUGGGUCUUUUUUCUAAAAAAUAUAAGAAGGAAACCAGUUUCAAUGAUGAAAACGAAGUUAAAGCCUAUGUACAAACCAAGAUGGGUGUAGAAACGAAACAGCCCUCUAAUCGUCAAAACAAAUUCAACCAAUUCAAGUCCUAUGCAAAGGAAAAAAAUGAAGGUAGAAAACCCUUUACUCCCUAUGUCUACACUCCACCUGAAGCUCAAAACUCUUCUAAUCCAUAUGCCAAUAACAUCAACAGUAGUAACAAUAAUAACGGCAAUAGUAAUUUAAACCGCAAUGACCCUUAUGGCGAUACUGCCACAAUCAACACUGCUAAUUUAAAAAAUGAAUUGUUCAAUAAUCCAAAUCAAAACCAAAACCAAAAUUCAUACAACAGCAAUAAUAAUUAUAACAACAAUAACAAUUAUAAUAACAAUUAUAAUAACCAAAAUAAUUUCAAUAACAAUAAUUACAAUAAUCCAGACUCUUAUGAUCCAGAUGAUCUAAAUGCUCCAGUUUCAAAUUUCAACAACCCAAACAAUUUCCAACAACAACAACAAAAAGAAUUGUCUCCCGAAGAAUUAGCUCAAAAAGAAUUAGAUGAUGAAGUCGAAGGUAUUAAAGGUGAAAUCAAAUUCACUAAGCAACAGUCUUUGGCCUCAACUAAAAACACUUUGGAAAUGGCAAAGCAAGCUGAAGUAUCCGGUAAUAACACUCUUGGUAUAUUGGGUUCUCAGUCUGAAACUUUAUUCAACAUUGAAAGAAACUUAUCUCUUGCUGAUACUCAAAAUAAAAUUGCAAACGAUAAAGUUGCGUCUUUGGGUAGACUUAAUCGUAGUAUAUUAUUACCUGCUAAUAACCCUUUUACUUCGAAAAGAAGAUUGAGACAAAAAGAAGAAGAAUUGAUGGCAGACAAAAUCCAAUCUCAAUCAACAAGAGAAGAACAAAGAGGUCAAUUGUAUUCUGCAACCAGUAGAAUUCAAAAUGCUUUAAAAAACAAUAACAACCAAACUCAAAGUGACACUUUUCAAAAAUAUAAUAGACAAAAGACUUUACAAGCUUCAAAAAGAUAUCAGUUUGAAAAUGAUUCCGAAGAUGAUGACCUUGAAGUCGAAUUGGAUAACAACUUGAAUGAAAUUUCAAAGGCUGCUGAUAGAUUGAAAAACAUUGCUUUAACUGCUGGUAAUCAAAUCGAUCAACAAAAUAAACAACUACAAAACAUUGAUGAAAGUACGACAAAUCUUGAAAACAGAAUUUAUAGAAACCAAAUUAAAUUAAAUAACAUUCGUUAAGUUUAGUUUUAGAUUGUAUUUAUUUUUUAAUUUUUUUUAAUUUUUUUUUAAUUAUUAUUAUUUUAU